AUGCCCCCCAAAGCCACCAAAGGCGAAUACAUCGAAACCGAUACCGGGAACAAAAUCUCCCGCCGAUCCCAAAUCCACGGAACCCAGCAUAUCAUCCUUGGCGGCAAAACUGUCAUCCAAGCCGAAGCCGUCAUCCGCGGGGAUCUAUACCGAACCUCGGGCUCCAAUUCCAGUUCCGGUUCCAGCGGCGACCCCCAGCAGCCGACAUCAUCGCCGUCCGUGGCCAUCACGAUCGGGCGCUACAGUUAUGUUUCCAAGCAAGCGGUGCUGAGGCCGCCAUCGCGAUUGCAUAGGGGCGUGCAUUCAUUCUAUCCGCUAAAGAUUGGGGAUCAUGUGUUUGUGGGCGAGAGGGCGGUGGUUGAGGCGGCUAGUGUGGGGAAUCAUGUACAUGUGGGGAGGGAUGCGGUGGUGGGGAGUAUGGCGAUUUUGAAGGACUUUUCGUAUGUGCUUGAUGGGGCGGUUGUUGCGCCGGGGAUGGUGGUGCCUAGUUGGUGUGUUGUUGGUGGUGCGCCGGCGAGGAUUGUUGGCGAGGUGGGGGAGGGGUAUGGGGUUGAGGGGGCGGAGGGGGGCAUGGCGAGGGAGAGAUAUCGGCUGGUUGGGAGGUAG